AGGAUUUCACUAAUAUUAAUGCUACCUGGAGUUCUCUCGACUGUGUAAUUUACACCAGUACUGUAGAAGCUGGUAUCUCCUUUGAAAUUCCUAAUCAUUUUGACGCUAUUAUAGGGAUUAGUAAUAUUAAAACAGGAAUACAUGUCGAAGCUUUUACACAGAUGCUUUAUCGAAUUCGGGAUUGUCCACAACGCAUAAUUUCUUUAUAUAAUAGUAAAAAGUCCUUCGAAAUAUUCCAAGAGCCAAAUCGUAAUCUUAUUCGUGCGGGACUUUCUGCUUUAAGGCCUAUUGAUUUACCGACAGCAGUAAAAGGGCAUCGGGAAUGGGAUAAAAUUGCUGAUUGUUAUGCUCUUGAUGCAUCUUCAGCAGUUGAUACAUAUAUUGAGGCUGAAUAUCAGAGACGCUUAUCAGCUAAGUAUUUUCCCGAAAUUCUCUGCAGUCUUGUUUCUAGUACAGGAGCUUCACUUGAGAUUAUUUCUGCAGAAGGUACCAUAGCUAAUAGGAAAAUAGUUUCUAAUAUUAUUAAGGCGAUUGAAGAAAAUAUCAAAUAUCCGUCAUCAAAUGAUUUACGAAAGGCAUAUUUAUCUAAACAGUGGGAAGCAAUACAAAAACUUUUUCAAAUACUAGGCUUUACAGGCAUAGAUGAUGAGCGUAUCCUUUCUGGUAGUAUG